GGUUAUGUUGUGUUGUGAAUGUUCUGGAUAUAAGCACACGCACAAAAUUAGUAUUUUGUGAUGUAAAUUUCUAGUCUGUUCAUUUUGAAAAUGCUAUGUUAUGUAGGGAAAGUGUCUUUAUGCUGUUAUCUUGUAACAGCAGUUAUAUUUUCGGUUUUGUUUCUCAAUGGAGUUACUUUACAGUUUCUAAGAAACAUUUGGGGGGGUCUUAUCAUAGGCCCUGCUCUGUAUUUUGUUGUAGUGAAUUUGUUAAUAAAGAAUAUUUAUAGGAAAAAUUUUCAAGAUUCAUAUCAGGUUGCCGUAAGGGCUUGUUUUUUAGGAUUUGCCUUUGCUCUUGGCAUUUAUGUACAUUUGCUUGCACCAUGUAAUAUAAAAGUAUUUGGGUGGUAUAUGGGUGUGAUGGCUACUUUUCAUUAUAGUGAAUUUUUAGUAAUGGCCAUUAUUCAACCAAAACUGGUUACAGUAAAUUCCUUUGUAAUCAAUCAUAGCAUGCAGUACACAAUUGCUGCUGUGUCCUCAUGGAUUGAAUUUGCCAUAGAGACUUAUUUCUUUCCUGACCUCAAGACCAUGUAUUGGUUUUCCUUAUUAGGAUUAACAAUGUGUAUAUUAGGCGAUUUGUUUAGAAAGGCAGCAAUGUUAACUGCAAAGUCUAAUUUUAAUCAUUUGGUAGUCUGUGAAAAAUCUGAAGAUCAUGUAUUAGUUACACAUGGUGUAUAUGCCUUAUGCAGACAUCCUAGUUAUGUAGGAUGGUUUUAUUGGAGCAUAGGAACUCAGAUUAUUCUAGUCAAUCCUUUUUGCAUAGCAGCAUAUACCAUAGUUAGUUGGUUGUUCUUUAAAGAAAGGAUCCUUAUUGAAGAAAUAACACUCCUUAACUUUUUUGGGGUACAAUACUGUGAAUAUCAGGAACGAGUAGGAACAGGAAUUCCUUUUGUACAAGGCUAUCUUUGUGAUCUUUAACCAUUACUGGUAACAGUUAUUUAAGAAGUUGUUGGUAAAUAGAACUUCCUUAGUGAAACAUACAUUGUUUGUACAAUACUUUCAAUAUUUAUAAUGUCAGUAUCAUGACAAAGUAUUUUCACUAUGUGAAAAUUCGUCAAAGAAAACUGGUCACUUUUGUGCCAAAGUUGUAGGUAAGCCAUCUUUUAACUGAAAGGUUAAUAAUAAAAUAGUAAUUGUGUUAUUGAUAGUAAAGAGUAUUUUUAUAUAAUUGCCCUAAUGUUUGAUAUUUUAGUAAGUUUUGGAAAUAUAUUUUAAAUUUAG